AUGGACGAAUCACAGCUCCCGCAUUGGCCCAACGCAAACGCUGGGCCCAUACAGGAACUUCCUAACGAAAUCCUGGCGCGCAUAUUCACACUCGGGACCAGAGCUUGGCAAGAUAGAGAGCCUAGGACGCUUCCCUUUCCUAUCCUUAUCUCAUCCAUAUGUUCGCACUGGCGUCAACUGGCCCAUAUCACACCUAAUCUAUGGGCGUACAUCCUCGUCCCUCUCCACAAACGGAGUGAAGAAGAUUGCCUUACCUGGAUAUCUGAAUGGAGGGAGAGAUCAGGCGCCCUCCCCAUCUCUGUGAUAUUGGACGAUACGUUGGGAUAUCCAGAUAAACUGCCAGACUUGAUUAAGGAUUUGUUGGAUAUCAUCACUCAACAACCCCAUUGUCUCGGUCGUCUCGUCAUACGCCUCUCAGCGACAGGCCUGGACCUCAGAACAAACGACAUGAACCGAAUGGCUCUCGCUUCAUCCCUCCGAGAGGUUUCAUUGUAUCUAAGCGAGCAUCCAUUCCUCGUCGCUUUUGCGUCAUUCAGGCAGGCCUUCCAAUGGCUUCAAUCCUUACCCAACCUUACCAGGCUCAGCCUCGGGGGGAUUUGGCUCGCACCGAUUGUACCGAAUCUCACUUCUCUCACACUCAAGGGUCUUCACGCCACACAAGAUCACGCAAGAGCCAUCUUCGCUGCUUCCCCAAACCUCACACACUUGGUUCUCGCGGAACUUUGCCCUCUGCAGCCGCGUUCUCUAUCCCCUGAGAGAAUAGAAGCACUUUCACUGCAGUCCCUCGCCGUCAGCCUUACGCACGUCCAUGGCAUGCGUGACAACCGGUCGGUCUACCUCCCCAGCGUGCUCAAUACCCCCAAUCUCUCGUACCUGGAAAUUGACGGCGAAGUCUCGAUUUAUCUCGUAUUCGGACCCACCAUCUCCCUGCCGAAGAUCGACACCCUUAGAAUAUCCAACUGUCCACAGUAUUUCUUUAGUAACCCCGACGGGCAGCGCGAUAUCAAUCUCUUCCACUCGCUAACCAGCCUUCGCCAUCUCCAGGUUAUCCGCGCGCCCAUGGACGGUCUUCUGACGAGGCAAAAUCCAAAUAGACGCGGUUUGGUCAGGAGACGUUCGAUCAAUACUCAAAAGCCGGUUUGGGUGGAAGAAACAAGCGGUUCUGCCCAGGUGGGAGAAGGACCGCCAACAGAAGGAUUACCAUGGCCAGAGCUUCGUAGCAUCACGCUCGACACACUUCUCUCCUCGGAUGUCUUAUGCCUUUGCCAGUACGUCUCGGCCCACGGAAGGAUCCGAAGGAUCCAGCUGUCAAAGAGCGCGAUGCGGCAUUUAACGGGCAGCAUGAGGCGGGAAGGCGACAGGAUCUUUCAACAUGCCACUUUCGCAGACAGGUUAACAAAGGCACCAGGAAGUUCGGCGCUGUUGUCCCCUUUGAAGGUCCCACAUCACGACGUCAAAGGUACGAAGGACGUCCGGGAGUGGCUGAGCAAAUCAGUCGAGAUUCGGGAUAUGGAGUCGCCCUUCUAUGGAAUGCUGGAUGCGGAGAGGAUUCCUUGA